AUGUCAGUUCGAAGCAAGAAAUCCUUAGGAAGGGAACAAAGCCCUGAAACUGAAUAUCAGCGAGAAAAGAGGGCUCGUCUUAGUAGUGAUGAUGAAGAAGAACGCAGAGCCAGCAAAUUAAGUCCUAAUGGAAUGCGAAGUCCAAGUUUUGGGUCAAACCACAACAAACCUGCUGAGUUAUUCCGGAAGGACCUAAUCAGUGCAAUGAAGCUUGCUGAUUCUGACCCUCUUCAACCUGAGGAAUACUUCCAGAUUGCUGAUCCUUGGCGUCAGGAAUGGGAGAAAGGAGUGCAGGUACCAGUCAACCCUGGAAGCAUCCCAGAAAUCCAUGUUCGAGUUCUCCGAGAAAAAUCCAAAACCGGGGACUUCAAAAUUUUGCGUAAUUCUCGUAAGUUAUUGCAUGCAGCAGCAGAUGAGACAUAUCGUCAAGGCAUGCAUGAGUUGACUGGAAUGCAGCAGCUCGCAGAACAAGUGGUGCGUUAUGACCUUGAUGACAUUGAUGUGUGCUGGCUCACACAAGUCAAUGAAGAACGAGAAGAGAUGGGUGAGAGUAUGAUAGAUGAGUGGAUUAUGGAGAGAAUUAUUGAGGAGUUAGAAAACCAAAGUCAUGAAAGCAUGCAGAAAACCAUCAAAACUGAAGAAGGACUUGGAAUAGAGUAUGAUGAAGAUGUUAUCUGUGAUGUUUGUCGCUCACCUGACAGUGAAGAGAAUAAUGAAAUGGUGUUCUGUGAUGGCUGUGAUAUUUGUGUUCAUCAGGCUUGUUAUGGUAUUCAAACAAUUCCUGAAGGUAGCUGGCUGUGUAGACCAUGUUCUUUAGGAGUAAAACCUGUUUGUAUAUUGUGCCCAAAUGUUGAUGGGGCCAUGAAAAGUACAAGGAGUGGUAUGAAGUGGGCUCAUGUAAGCUGUUCCCUGUGGAUCCCAGAGGUUAGCAUAGGCUGUGUAGAGAAAAUGGAGCCUAUUACCAAAAUUUCACAAAUUCCUCCAAGCCGUUGGGCAUUAGUAUGUUGUCUUUGUAAGGAGCGCAUUGGUGCCUGCAUACAAUGUUCAGUGAAAACUUGUAAAACGGCUUUCCAUGUAACAUGUGCAUUUAAAAAUAAUCUUGAAAUGAGGACCAUACUGGAAUCUGAAGAAGAGGGAGGUGUGAAAUUAAAGGCCUAUUGUCCCAAACACAGUAAAAAACGUGAACGAUGCCAAUCUGAUUCUGAGACCGACUCGCCAAGAAAGGAACAGCUAUUGUGUGGCCGUAAGGAAUUGUCUAUUGAAGAGAAGGCAAACUUGCGUGAAUCAAGACUUGCUCAACUGGAAGAAGAUUUUUAUUCUUUAGUGAAUGUAAAAGAAGUUUCAAAUAAUCUCAACAUUGCACCUGAUAUUGUUGAUAUUGUGUUUGUUUACUGGAAAUUGAAGCGAAAGGCUAACUUUGACCGUCCGUUACUGACUCCAAAGCAAGAUGAGGCUAGUCUUUUGGAGAAGCAACAGGAAGACAGCCUAGCUGCCCGAAUGAAAAUGUUUGUCCAUCUGCGCCAAGAUCUUGAGAGGGUUCGUAAUCUUUGCUAUAUGGUGAGUCGCCGAGAAAAGAUCAAGAGGCAGUACUACCGGAUCAAAGAAAGUGUAUUUCAUGCUCAGGUAGAGCUACUUACUGAUGAAAAUCUUCCAAUGAGCCCUCGAGAGAUUGAGAAAAUCCUCAAGAAGUACCAGGAUGACACCCAAUCUCCAUCGCAAUAUAAACCACACAAACUGUCCCUUUUUUUCGUGCCUUCUUAUCUUUUUCUUUCUCCUAUCCACUUUCCCCCCUUUACCCACUUUUUCCUUGUCCUCUCGUUGUCCCUUUAUUGUUCCGUCCCCUUUUAUUUUCCACGUUUCCUCUUUUUCUCCCAUUUUUUGCUGUCCCUGACAUUUCCUCGUCACCUCAUUUUACUCAUCUUCUUCUUCCUCAUGCUAAUUCUUUCUCAGCAGUUCCACAACAAUUUAUUCAUUCCAAGUCCAAGAUGGCUCUCCACAGACGUCAGAUAG